AUGAAUAAAGAUGCUGUCGAACAGCCCCCAAAGCCUCAAUCUUUACAUCCUGCAUACUCAUACUCUGUCACAAAUAUACAGAGUAAGAUCCGAACCCUAGACCGUACUAAUGUCACGUAUUCUCAAUGGAUUAGGCUGUUUCGCUUACAUGCUGUCGCCUACAAGGUGAUGGAUCAUAUUGAUAGUACUGCCCCUCCGGCAUCCUCAUCUGCUGAAUAUGAGGCCUGGAAAGAAAUCGAUGCGCUUGUCCUUCAAUGGAUAUUCAGCACGCUCUCCGAUGCCCUUCUUAAACGAGUCAUGGAUAGCAGCACUGCUACAGCUCAUGCUGCGUGGUCCAAACUUGAGAAGAUAUAUCUCAGCAACAAGAAGGCACGUGCUGCAUCAUUGGAAACAAAGUUCUGUAAUUUGUCUUUGUCGGCUUGCUCCUCCGUUGAAGCCUAUUGUCAGCAAUUGACUGACCUUGCAAACCAACUGGCCGAUGUCGAUGUUCCUGUGACCGAAUCCCGUCUUGUUCUUCAACUGACGCCCAAAAAGACUCUCAUUCCACUGUUUUAG